AUGUUUCUUACGGCCUCGAUAUCACGGUCUCUCUCGAGAUGUGCCCUGUCCCACUGCCGCAAGUCGCUGCCCGCCAGGCAAAAAUCGGGAGCAAUAGCAGCAGCAGCAGCAAAGGCGGCCAGCCGAGGCUUUGCGUCGGCUUUUCAACCGAGCGAUACCGCAAGGAAAUCGAUAGCCGUCGAUCACGACGACUGGGAGGAUGACAAGCCGCCCAUGUCUAAGAUAGACCCGACCUGUAUCGUCAACUCUCACACGGAGUGGGACCCGCUGGAGGAAGUGAUCGUCGGGCGUGUCGACGACGCGACUAUCCCUGAGUGGCACGUAUCGGGCAAGGCUGUUUGGCCCGCCAAGCAUUGGGGAAUGUACAAGGAACACGCUGGGGAAUCGUUCCCCAGGGAGCUCGUAAUGAAAGCCGCGGAGGAGCUUGACAACUUUUCGCAAGUUCUUGAGAUGGAGGGCGUUAUCGUGCGCAGGCCGGAGGUACGCCCGGGAGACUUCGAUAGACCUGUCAGCACCCCAGACUUUGAAUCCGUGUCGCAGCUGUACGCGGCCAUGCCACGGGAUGUUCUCAUCACGAUCGGCAACGAAAUCAUCGAGGCUCCCAUGGCGUGGCGUUCGCGGUUCUUCGAGUACCGUCCGUUCCGAUCCCUGAUCAAGGACUACUUCCGGCAGGGCGGCGGGUGGACGGCCGCUCCCAAGCCGGAGAUGUCGGACGACUUGUACGUCCCGGAGGACAAGUGGCAGGAGGGCCCGGGAAGGUUCGUUACGACAGAGUACGAACCGGUGUUCGAUGCGGCGGAGUUCACCAGAAUGGGACGCGACAUUUUCGUCCAGAGGAGUCAAGUCACGAACGAUUUUGGCAUCGAGUGGAUGAGGCGUCACCUCGGGGACGAGUACCAAAUCCACGUGCUUGACUUCGAGGACAAGAACGCCAUGCACAUCGACGGAACGUUCAUACCGUUGGGGCCGGGAAAGGUUCUCGUCAACCCGAAGCGGCCCUGCAUCACCGGAAACCACAAGUCAUUCUUCACGUACCAGGGCGAGAUGAAGGAGUACGCGCUGCCGGACAUGUUCAAGGGCUGGGACAUCUUUGUGGCAGAGUCGCCCGUCCUCCCCGAGUCCCACCCGCUGUACUUCACCAGCCCGUGGACGGCGAGCUGCAACGUUCUCCUGCUGGAUGAAAAGAGGGUCGUGUGCGAAGCGUCGGAGGAGCCGACCAUCCGAAAGUUCAAGGACUGGGGUUUCGACGUCAUCAAGGUGCCCUUCCGCCACUUCUUGCCGUUCGGAGGGUCCUUCCACUGCGCCACCUGCGACGUCCGCCGCACUGGGACCCUCCAGUCCUAUUUCUGAGCCGACAGUAUCACCACCACCACCUCCACGAACAGUUUGGGAUACGCGCUUGGAGAAGGCGCAUGGCAGAGCGUAGGACAGGAGAAGAGGAAAUCACCGAGUCUUUCUUUUGUUAAAGGUGUGGACGACUAAGAGUAGGGUUAUCGGGAAGAAGUCCGCUUUAGAAAUAUCACCGUCACUCAUCGGGGCCUGACAGAGGGACGGCAGAAGCCUAUCGUGUCGACUUUUCAAUCGUUGUUUUCGUUGUCGUUAGUGCUUGCACGGGGAUCGGGGGUGUUCUUGGUUGUUGUGACAAACACUGGUUGGUGUUACAGUGCCUCGAUACCUCUAUCUCUAUUGCAAGCGGGGAAAGGAGGGAAGUUGUGGAGAGGGGGGAGGGGUAUCAAGAAGUGCGUGUCUCAGCAUGGAUGAAACACGGUGUACGAACUGUACUGUCGCGCAGCGUUCAUGCUAUCUAUGCUGUCAUGAUGGCAAUGCGGUAGCUGACGCGAUUGGCCGUAAUCAAGUGUGGUUCUUGUCAUGUACCUAAAGUUGUGAUGUAACUAAGUUGUGUGGACUGAAUGCUAUCUGCUCAUGUACACUCGAUUUGCUUGUACGAGUUGAGCCCAACAUUGUUCAAGAACACGCCGUUGAUGUCGUUGUUCAUACUUGAAGCUGCGCAUCUGCGUCCGCCGAAAAUACACCGCAUCAGCCCACUUUCGAUAUGGGAGCCACUUUAAGCGGAACAAGCACGGACACAUAUUCUUCCUAUGAAUGAUGGUGAAGUUAGAGCAAAACGAAACCUGGUUCAAGCCUAGGUGGCAUUCUGUGAUCGAUCAUUGCUGUGUCCGGUGCCUCACGUGCCGUGGAGUGCUUCGCGACGUUUUCAAGGCAUAUAUGCAUAGUGAGGUAGACUAUGCUCAGAGGGGAUUGAAAUAGUGAUGUAAAGAGGAUCGACCAACCGAUCAUUCUACCGGCAGAGUAGAUGACCCACUUUCAAGGUUGCAAGCCUGCCGAUGAUCGUGAUUGAGUUUGGCCUUGUGUAUCGUUUCGUGGAAACCUUGUCUGUGAGACAGAGUCUGGCCACACUUCGUUCAUUCGCUUGUCCUCCCUAGAGGUUAGAGAGGACGAUGAAGAUCGGACGACAUAUGUGCAAAAAGGAAAAUAGAGCAUCGCUCGUACAUUUUCACAAGAAAACUAGCUCGUCUUGUACGUAGGCUUUUGGUGAUGGUGCUACCUUGGUGUGGCCAUCAUACGGUACCGGUCUGCCCCCAUCUGCCCUAACGCGUUGAAAAUUCUGUUAACGGUCUCUGCGAGUACCGUGACGCUCUUGUCUAGCGUACAAACCGUGCUACGGGUUCUUUGUACAUACGGUAGUACAUGUUUUGUUUCGGGGGGCGUAUGCGCCCGAUGAUGGGUGCUUCGUACCGAAGAGUGAAUGGAUGUUGUUGCUGAGCCCUUCUCUCCCCUCUAUACACCGUAUACCUAGGAUAAAACCAAAGUGUAGGGCAGGCGUAAAACGUCCUGCUCUCGUGUGAAAGUGA